AUGAGGACGCAGGGAAAGGCAACCAGAUCCUUGGCCGGGGGGUCUGAUCAUGUCUGUUUCGGUGAUGAGGAUGCUUCUUGUUUGAUUGAUCAAGAACAUGCAGCAUCCCCACAAGAAUCCACUGCCAGAAACCAAGAAGCAGAGCCUGGGUUUCACCGCAGAAGGGAGCCCUAUCGGUCAUUCAAUGUUUUCAAGGAUGUGGCACUAGGUACAAAUGCCUUUAGCUUCUGUCUUCAGGUUCAUCCUUCGGGUGGACUGGCUCAAUCUCCAAGUCCAGUAUACCACACGCUGCGUAUUCCCUGGUAUCGCCAGGGCCUCUAUCUUCCAGCAUCAUUUGAUCUGUAUUCUGGGGGCAAUAUUGUGCGCAGCCGGAAAGAUCCAUCGCCUGCGCCACAAGAUCACCGCGCAUACAUUCACUACCGUGGGUUUCAGGGUUUGCUGGGUCUUCAUGUAACCGUGGACAUGUUCUGCCAGGCACAAUCUACAGCCCUUCAUAUGGGAAAUCCUAGCUCUGGGCAAAAAUCUGCAGAUCUCGUCAAGCACUGCUCGAUAGAAAUUUUUCGGAAGGGAAUUGGAAGAACAUACCGAGUUGAGAUUAUACAAGCCGGAACCGUCAAAACAUUCUAUUGGAAAGGGUCUAAAUCUGCAUUGUCAUUGCUCGAGACCGAGGGAACAGACACUCGUUCUAGUAGUGGCAACGGCAACCUGAAGUUCUUUGCUGCGGAAACCCCAGAUGAUAUUCUUGCAGUGUGGCAGAAUAAGACCGAUCAACGGAUUCUAGGCUGUUUGAAUGUUAUUGCUCAACUAGAUGCUAAUUCUGAUGGGAUACUUGAGGGAGUGAUUGUGACUAGUCUGGCGGUAGUUGUUGCAGAAAGGGUCUCUGGGCGGGGUUGGGUAGGUGGCCUGGGGAAGUCAACAAAGUCGCAAGUGACUUAA